AUGUCCAGUCCGUGUCGUCAGCCUGAAAAUGCCGCAUUUGCUGCACGGGUGAGCGAAGCAGCGCCCGCCGCUUCCCAUGCCCUUGCCCAUGCACAUCCCCAUCCUCAACCCCAUCCGCAGCCCGGUGCCACCACUAUCACCGCUGCCACUGACAUCGCGACUGACAGCCCAUCCUCCGAGUCGCGACCUGUGACUGGCUCCUCUGCCGUACCCGACCAUGCACCUAUUGUAUCAGUCCUCCCCGGUGUCCCUGUACCCUCCAUAUCAACUCUCCCACAUCCUGUCGCCGCCGCCGCCAGCCAUAAGAAGUCAAGGCCUCCCUUGGGCAUCCAGAGAUCUACUGGGCCUUCCUUGCUUACACAGGCUCUUGCUUCCGCUCGCGGCAUACUCUCUUCCAACGCGUCUCACACAGAUCAACAACGCCCCGAGCCGAACCCCGCCGACCUACCCUCUCGAGCAAACCAACCCAAGACAACACCUGAUGCGCCCAGAGACCAUACGGCAGUUGAACCACAUCAUGACGCUUAUGGUCAACAUCGAGGCGGUCCAAUGACCCCGAAGAGGCCACGACCGCUCGCCGACACCGCCAGAACAUUAUCAGCCCCGUCGUUCUCCCCAACCGGUAACUAUACUGGCGCUGAUCAUAGUGUUGCUUCGCAUAUCCAGAUGUAUAGCGGCACGGAAACAAACGCAGUAUUGGCGGAUCAUCGAGACCUACUUGCAACCACCCGAGUAAGGGGACGGUCGUUGGAACGCACGGACAAAGAGACUCGGCUACAUUCACUCGACGGCGCUGCGAUACAACCGGGCAAUGUUGGCGACACCUCACUUUCGCAUGACGUAGACGCAGGGGAAGCCCCUUCUACACACGGCCCUGGCCAAUUCGAAGAUACAUUUGAUGCUCGAGCUCAGUACCGAGCGUGGAGAACCGAGCGAACCGUCUCAAUGGGUCCCGAGAAGGUGUGGUCCAUUGGCACUGGCGACGUCAUCGGUCACCAAGAUGGACAAGUUGAGAAGUCCAUCGCCGAGGUGUUGGCUGGGAUGGAACCCUCGCGCAGUCGGAAAGCCAGCCACAGUCUUCGAUUCUUCAAAGAAGGCCUCCCUGAUGACAGGGGCAAACGAAGGGACCACAACCCCUCUGGCCAUCGUGAAAAGCUGUCGUCUGAGGGGACCCAACUGAAGCAUACCGAGAGCCAUCUCUUACCGAGCUCCACACCUUCACCCCAAUCUCUCGAGGAUCACAAGCCUUUGUCUCGGGCUCAGUCAUAUCCGACCAGCACUCCAGCUGCCACUGUACCUUCGAGCUUCCAUCGUCAAGGCGACUAUUUCAACCUGUCAGGGCCACACAAUACUGCCGCUGAGCAAGCAAAGGUGUCGCCUCGACCAGAGCAGCCGGUCGCAACGCCAGCGGUCAAGACAGAGUCUCGUGAUGCGCCGAAUCACAUUCGUGCAUUAUUUGUUGAUGACGAUUUGCGGCCUCGCAGACAUUCAAGCGAUGCCACCGAGUGUAGAGAGGCCAACGAAGAAGGUGAUGAAUCUUCCGAGGAAAAGAUAUCUUCUGCAGUAUUCUUACCACAUCAGGGUUUGGAGGAGUCUUCGGGAGAUAGGCCGCCUACUACUAAUAAACAUGAGUCCCAGCAGCCUCCUUCUAGGCCUUCUAUAAGCCAGGAUUUCCAUCCAUGGCUAGUAAAGGCAGAUGAGCCGGAGGCUGAAGAUGAGCAUGCGAUCGAGCGAGACCAUAGUGACGUUCCGAACGGUAAGAAUGAUGCAGCAUGUUUGCGAGACUUGCCUCGCAAAGAUGUUGCUGAAUGCCCGGUUGAGGUUGAUGUCGAGCUCCCUCAGAAGCCUUGUGAGACGCCACCAAAGCUAUUGCGUCCGGCUUCUCAAUACUACGAAGACUCGGUCGUGCAUGAGCAUCAGCUUGGACCCAAGUUGCCCCUGGAGGCGAUUGAGCUCAUACCAUACAAGCAUCAGGUUGGGGGUCAUACAACCAUCUGGAGGUUUUCCAAGAGGGCUGUCUGCAAGCAACUAAACAAUCGAGAGAAUGAGUUCUACGAGAAUAUUGAAAGAUAUCAUCGCGAUCUCUUGCCUUUCCUCCCAAGGUACAUCGGCGUUCUGAAUGUAACGUUCCAGAAACAACCCCGGCGCAGGUCGACAGUCAGGAGAGAUGAUACCCAAGCACGAGAGAAGAAAAUCGGCGAGCCUGACACGAAACCCAGAACCGACAAUGACAAUAUUGAUGUGGGGGUCGCUCAGAACAUCAACUAUCUAAAGAGAGAUGACCACCAACAUCGCAGGGUAGUCAGCCAAUCGCUACAAUCAACGCAGAUUCCGAUACCUACGGUUACCUUCGUUGAUAACCAACAUAUCCUCCCUCGGAGCUUGCUUCAGCCUUCAGGACUUUCAGCUGUCAAAGAGCGCCCUAGAAGUGCCUCUGCAGCUUUGGUUCAACAAUGGUUUCGUGACAUACCCGACUCGAAAGGGGACAAUAAACCCGCCAAGACAGGCCGGCCGACCUUGGAGGAUCGACAUGCGCAUAGUUGGGGAGCGACGACAGUCAACAAGAGACUGCGCAAUGAAGUUUUCAAUGACGCUUUCUUGAAGCAACCCAUAGCUGUACACAAGCAUCAGCGACCAGCUUCACACCAACGAACAAUACCGCGCCGCUCAAGACAGCCCCGUCUUGAAAAUUCGGACCCGGGAAUGACGAGGUACGAAGUUACGGAGGAGAAAGCUAGACCUUUCCCUGAAUCAAGUCUGUCAGCUCUUCCAGCGCGGUUCUUGCAAAGCUGCAGCGACGUCGGACCAGGGACAGAAUGCCUGAAGAUUGAGGACAUGGACCAUGUCAAAGACGUCACUGGCACCAGCGCCCCAGAACCGGAGACACUCGCGGAGAACUUCCCCGAGCACAUACGGAAGAGGCGCUACUCUGGUAGUAAACUUCGACGCAAACCUCAGGAAGUUGGAGAUCCUCGUGGCGGCUUGAAGUUCUUUGAGGAUGCUGACGAUGUGGGGCACCGAGGUGACGGGGAGCCUGAUAUAUUUUCUCCCGUGUCGGAAGGCGCCGGCACAAAGGCUGAAAACGGGGUUGGACACGGAAACCAUGCAGAGCCAGCUGACCUACCCCAAUCGAGCUUGCCGUCUGCGGUCCCAUCUGAACUACCGAGUCCAGCGUUGGAGCUCAAGAGAAUCCCUCGGCCGAUCAAUCCCAAGGAGGCGCAAACGCGGCAUGAUUCUAGGGUGGAGUAUUUUCUCCUGCUCGAGGACCUCACUGCGGGUAUGAAAAGACCUUGCAUCAUGGAUCUGAAGAUGGGCACUCGGCAGUACGGAAUUGAAGCUAGCUCCAAGAAGCGAGAGUCCCAGCGGCGAAAAUGUGCUGCAACAACGUCGAGAGAGCUCGGUGUGAGGGUAUGUGGGCUGCAAGCUUGGGAUGCGAAAAGCCAGACGUAUGUCUUCAAAGACAAGUACUAUGGGAGAGAUCUCAAGGCUGGCAGGGAGUUCCAAGACGCGUUGACCAUGUUCCUUUAUGAUGGUGUGGAUUAUAGCAGCGUUCUUAGACAUAUCCCCACGAUUCUACAAAAGCUCAACCAGCUUGAGGUGACCAUUCGCUGCUUACGUGGAUACCGGUUCUACGCCGCCAGUCUCCUCAUAUUCUACGAUGCCGACACCUCAGGCGACGGCAACGAGACGGCCGCCGAGGAUUCCACCACGGACUUGGCGACGGAUGCGGAGGACACGUCGGACGUCAAGAGGCGUCGGAAAAACAAAAAGGAGAUCGACUUCAAGAUGGCCGACUUUGCCAACAGCGUAACAGCAGGCGAUCUGGCUACGGGCAAACCGUGCCCGCCGAAGCACCCGGAUGAGCCGGACCUAGGCUUCUUGCGCGGGCUUGCGUCUUUGAAGACGUACUUUCUGAAGAUACAGACAGACGUACGACUUCAAGUCGGUCUGGUGACGCCGCGCAAGCGUCAUGAGGAGAAUGGCGAGGCCGAGGACUACGAGCAGCUCUCUGUCAGCGAAUGA